AUGGAGCUGGAGUUCGCAUUUUGCCUGCCUUUCUUUAGGGAUUUCGCGAAAGGUUCAAUAUCGAAGGCUGUGCGCAAAAGGAAAACAGAACAUGAAACGUCAAAGCAUCGCAUUAGUUCCUUCAGUAACAAUAAGGAAGACUUAGAAAAUAAGCAGUCCAAAAAAAGAAACUGCUGCAACAGAUCCAGCAACAAGAAGAAAGUUCUAGAAGAAACAAAUAACAGUAAACUUCGCGAGGUAAAAAUCCGCAUACAAGAUUGUCUUCAAAAUUCUGCACAGGCAGAAGCGUUAGGAAUCAUAUGUCGACGAGUUUUUAAGGAAGAGUCUGCGGUUUCUGAAGUUCGUGAAGAAGCAAAAGAUUUAGGUAGUACAAGUGUAGAAGUGCAAAAUAGUGAAUCGGUGGCCAUUUGUGAGAAUGAUAGUACAUUAGAUGAGUCAAGUCGAAGUAGCAGUAGUAGUGUGCAAAUAGUGCCGGAAGUGAAUGGUGCCGACGACAAUGUGCAAACGUGCGAAUCGAUCCCCACGCCUGAAGCGGUAGUUAGUGAAAUCGCGAGUGAAGAAGACGAUUGUGUGAUAGUGGCGCAAAGGACCAUAUUAAAAAUCGACGAGCGGGAGUGCUCGAGUCACGGUGACGAUGACGUACCGCUGUCAUCUUCGCCGUUUAGCAGAAUGGAACUUACAGAAUCUGCAAACGUCUCACUGCUUAGGUUUCCAGAUGAUCGUUCGGAUUCUGGCGUGAGUUCCUUACGAUCCGGUAGCGGCGAUGAACGUUCGGGUUCACGUUCCAGCGCUUUAAGUUCUUCUGACGAACCUCAACAGUCUGCUCAAAUACAACCGACCAAUCGAUCGCCGCUGUUUAUUCCAACUAAUCACUCGUAUAGUGCACCUAUAAACAGUACGUCUGAGCCGGUGCGCGUGUGGAGAGACCCCAGCGUGCUGCUGGAGUCAGAACCACACGUUCGCCACAUUCACAGUGUACAGCACCAGUCGCUUCUCAUGUCGCACCCAUCAACUCCGGCCGCCUCGGGCCCACCCUCUACAUCUGCUGCCAAUCACCCUUCUAAUUUAUACCCGCCUGUACCACCGCCGCCGAGUCUAAUGAGCCCUCAUCCACUACAACCUCACUUACCUCCUCCCGGAUUGUAUGCUCACCAUUUACCCGAAAUGUUGUGGAAGCAGCGAUAUCCGAUACCCGUUGGUGCACACUUACUAGGGCCCCAAGGCGCCGCUCACCCUGGCGAAGAUAUAUUGGAAAGAGAACGCGCUUAUGCCCAAGAUAGAUUGUUAAGAGAUCGUCAAACUCAAGAAGCGCGGGAAUUGGAAAAACAGCAACAUAAGGAACGGGAGUUGAAGGAAAGAGAACGUCUGGAGCGUGAAAGGCAAGAAAGGGAGAAGCUUGAAAGAGAGAAGCACGAAAAAGAAAGAGAGCAGGAGCGCGAACGGCAAGAAAAACAGAGAGCUGAACAGGCUGUUCAUAAACAUUUUGAGGAAUCGUUUCGCCGUAUAAAUCAAAAGAGUUGGAAUUUGAAAAGUUUACCGCCUCCCCAACGUCACAGUACUACAGAAGAGGAAAGAAAAAGGAUAGAUAGCGAUCAUCAAAGGCAUUUGGUUAUGCGUCAGGACAGAUAUUAUUCAGGAACGUCGCAACGUCCACCUCCCGUUACCAAAGCCGAGUAUCCCCCGCCCGCUCACAGUAGAGUUAGUACAAAUAAAACCGCUGAAAAGCUAUCCGUUCAUUCAACAUUACCAAAGGCUGAAGUAAAUAUGUUUGGUUACCCCGCGUAUCAACCACAAACUGCAUUUUUUCUGCACGAACCAAAGACGAAAAGUGAUCAUCAUAAGCAACCCAUGCAGUCCAAUACUUUGGUGGUUACAAAAAGUUCAAAUUCGGUAGAAAGAGAAAGGGAUACGUUACCAAAUCCGCCCCCUCUAAUGAGCGAACUGAAAAGUUCCGUUAUUGUUAAGCACGAAGGAAAACCUCAGCAUCAUUUAGAUCCUAAGGUGCCAAUAACGCAUUCACAAAGUCCCAAGUUGAGAACUACGGACAUGGUCGGUCAUUAUUUACCUUCGGGCCAGACGCAUAAACCUAGCAUGUACGAGUAUCGGAGUCAAACACAAUCGCCCCAUUUAACGCAUGCUCAAAGCCCUCACCACCAUAUGGAAGCACAAAAUCUGGGAAAAACAGGUCACCAGCGACCGUCCCCCGUUCAACUUUCUAGUCCCCAUCAUCAACGACAGUCCCCACACCCUCACCUUCAGUCGCACCAGUCGCCGGAUUUGCGCUACAGAAAUGUUUCCGAUUCGUCGGCCAUGAUUUACCCGUCCCCUGGGAAAAGCCAUCUACCAGCAUCAUACUCCUACAUGCAGCAACCAGUGUCGACAUCUUCUCAUCAUAAUCUAGCAAGUACAACAUCAUCAAAUUCCAAACCUAAAGUCAGCAGUCCAGCCCCACAUCAUAUCUAUGGGAAACCAUCCGCAGGAAUUGGCUCAGGACUUCCCGUUGUGAGAGCGCACGAAGCAUCAUCUCCGGCCAACCCCAUUCCAUUAACUUCUAAGCCGCCGUUAUCGUCAUCCGUAUCACCUUCACCAUUCCAACAAAUGUCUCAGUAUCAUCCCCCUCACCAACAAGCAACUCCGCCUACAACGUGUCUACCACCUCCAGCACAUAGUAGUCGUACAAGCUCAAUCGACAGCAGGCCCGCUUUGUAUGAAAGGUUAUACACAGGAGGAACGGUCCCUGGAGGUUUAUCCGCAAAACCUGUUCCUCAUCAUGGUACCUCACCACCGACAGCAGCUUCGGCUCCUUCCUCCGUAUCAAGGGCGCAAAUGCAAUAUUGUGUACCAGGCAUAACACAUUCCUCUCAGAGUGUUGGAGGACCUGCAGUUCAAACACAACCUUUAGAUUUGGGAGUUUCUUCGAAUAAUAAAUACGAUGUCGGCCUCUCUCCCAAGAGGAAAGGGACACCUGUAAGUUCCAGCGGAAGUAUGAGCAUGGAAGUGAAAAAGAGGCGAAUAGAACAACCAAGUAUUUCACUACAACCUCAUCAUCUUCCCGUCUUCUCAGGAAAUUCCCAACCCCAGUUGGCUAGGGUUAGCGAGCCAAGUCCAUUAAUAGCAAGUGCAGCAACUACUAUCACAACCGUUGUGAAUACUGCCGCGUAUAGACCUCCGUCUGCUAAUUUAAUUUCUACCCCAAGCCAAUCACCUUUAACCGAAACGUUAGCCGAUGUUAGUGUUACAGCAGUGACUAUAGCCAGUGACUUUAAUAAAUCUACAGACUCUGAAAGUAACGGAUCGUUUAUAACUGUGAAUAGUGGAGCACCAACGGUACCAAGUCCAAUACCUGCCAAUCCCCAACCGGCAGAAUCUCCAAAUACCCCACUGAAAACGUCGUCAGUGACGCCAAGCAUGAUAGAUUCGGAGAAAUCAAACAGUCCAGGUCCCACGAAAAUAACAACUUAUCCAGUUAGACACCUAAAGAAGGCGUGGUUGCAAAGGCAUACGGGCGAAGAUAUCGAAGAUACAACUGGCGUAACAGGUGGAGGGAGUUGUGUUACAUUGCCGAUGAAUAUUCCUAGCAAUUUAUCAACCAAAGAUAUACCAGUUGCGUCACUGCAUAAUAUUGGCUCCAUGGCGGUUAACAGCAUUAAUAAGGUUAAAUCGUUCGCGUCAAAAGCCGGACGGAAAACUCCCCAUAAGGAUAACGCUUCUUUAAAUGGUCAUCCUAGUGAUUCUACGAAAGGGGAGGAUUCCUCAAGUUCAGAUCAGGACCGAGGUAGAAAAUCGCCGCCGAAAAGAAAACCUCCUAAAGUGAAGAGAAAAAAAGGCGGAGGCACUGCCAAAAAAAUAACUGAGGAACAGAGAAAACGUAAAAAUAAUCAAUCGGUUCCGGCUAGCGAGAGUGGUAGUGACAGCGAAAAGGAGAGCGGUAGCGAGAAGGAUUCCGAUUCCGGUGCCAGUACCACGGUGGCGACGCUAAAGAAACCGAGCAGUAUAACCGCGACGGGUAAGGAGCCGCGAAAAAGAGGAAGAAGACCAAAAUCCUCAAAAAACGAUAAAGGCGAGGAGCCGCGCCCCAAGAAAGCAAAGGAUGAAACAUCUGUGCCCCAGCGCGACCCCUUUCGCAAACCUCCGAUGGGGCAGUUAAAAAAAACCGGUGAAAGUUUUUUACAGGACGGGCCGUGCCAUGAGGUGGCACCAAAGCUAGCCAAAUGUAGAGAAUGCAGGUGGACGCCCAAUCAGCGCUCGAAAAACAUGCCAAAUAUUUUCUGCAGAUUUUACGCCUUUCGAAGAUUGAGGUACACAAAAAAUGGGCAGCUUGCGAUAGCUGGCUUUUCCGAUCCACAUAAAGAUGCUCUAGAGGAAGACUUGAAGCUGUGGUUACCAUCAGCGGAUAAUCCUCCAUCGGACCUUGAUUUAGAUACCUCUCGUAUUCUUCUAAAGCAAGUGGGUGAUCAGUUCUGUGAUUUAUUGGUUCAAGAAAAAGAUGCUUAUUCGGAGCAUAUGUCCGAGGAUAAGGUUAUAGCUUGGAAAAGGGUUGUUCAAGGUGUACGAGAAAUGUGUGAUGUUUGUGAAACAACUUUAUUUAAUUUUCAUUGGGCAUGUGGAAAAUGUGGCUUUGUUGUGUGUUUAGAUUGCUAUAAGGGUCGUAAGAAUGGCACGAUACGUUUGUGGGGUGAGCCGUCCCAGAAAGACAGAGAUGAUUUCUCCUGGCUUUUAUGUACAAAUCGACAACCUCACGAACAAGAAAAAUUAAUGUUAACUCAAAUUAUUGCUGGAGAUUCGUUACUUAAGUUAGGAAAAUUGGUGCACGAAAUGCGCGAGCUUUGGAAUAUCGAACAGUAUUGUGGUUGUUCAGCAAGUAAGGAAGUUUCUCAGAAAUCUAAUGGUGCUCGAAAGGAGAUAAUCAAGAGUAUACUUCUCGGAGAAGCCAACGGUAUUAAGAAGGAAAUUAAAGAUGAAUUGGAUUUCAAAAGCUUGAUAAAUGGAGCACCGACUAAAGAAGAGAAGACGUCGCCGUUGAGCUGGCUAGCAGACGUUGCGUUGUCGAACGAAGACAAGAAAGACAGUUUGGACGGCGAUGACAGCAGCAGCGAUUCGGGCGGCGAAGGAAAGUAUUCUACCUUAAGAGACUUGCUAAUGCAGAAGAAUGGUAACUCUGUCGUAUCGACAACCACAACUACGCCUAAAAGUGUUAAAAAGACUAAUGUGAGGUUAGAUACUUUGGAUGACGUGAUAUCUAGUGUUAUAGAGGAUAGUGUGCCGAAACAUAGUGAUAUUGGCGUUGACGUUAAAUCGGAAUUAAAACAUUUUGUUAGGCGCUAUAAUUGGCAGUGUAAAGGAAGAAUACAAUUACCAAUUCGAAUUAUGACUCUUACCGAAAGUAAAGUGCUGUAUCCUGAUACACCUCACAGUUGGUUGUGUGAUGGAAAGUUAUUGCGAUUGUGCGAUCCUAACCAUAAUGGAAAUUACAAGAUUUUCAUGGAUCAAUGGAAAAGAGGCCAGCCAGUACUAGUGUCAGACGUCGCGAAACUUCUCAACAGAGACUUGUGGAAUCCGGAAAGCUUCGCGCGAGACUUUGGGGACGAAAAGAACGACCUGAUCAACUGUAUGAAUGGAAAUCUGGUACCCAAUCAGCCUAUGCGUAAAUUCUGGGAGGGCUUUGACCAUUUUUCGAAACGGUUAAAGGACGAAAGAGGAAACCCCAUGCUUCUGAAAUUGAAAGACUGGCCGCCCGGGGAGGAUUUUGCUGAAAUGCUCCCUUCGAGGUUUAACGACUUGAUGAAGGUGUUGCCCCUUUCGGAGUACACGCAUAGAAGUGGCAAGUUGAAUUUGGCGAGUCGAUUGCCGGAUUGCUUCGUGCGGCCAGAUUUGGGUCCGAAGAUGUACAACGCAUAUGGAUCCGCUCUUCAUCCGACCAAGGGUACAACCAAUCUGCAUUUGGACAUAUCGGAUGCUGUGAAUGUGAUGGUAUAUGUCGGAAUUCCUAAAGAUGGCGAUUCCGAAGAGCACAUUAAGGAAGCAUUUAGAGCCAUCGAUGAAGCGGGUUGUGAUAUACUUACACGUCGUAGAGUACGCGACAAAGGUGAAUUGCCCGGUGCUUUGUGGCACAUAUAUAACGCGCGAGACGCGGACAAAAUUCGCGAUUUGUUGAACAAAAUUGUGGUGGAGAAAGGUGGACGGCUAGAACCCCAUCAUGAUCCGAUUCAUGAUCAGAGUUGCUAUUUAGAUGGCGCUUUGCGGGAAAGAUUGUAUAAAGAGUACGGUGUCGAAGGAUACGCUAUUGUGCAAUGUUUGGGCGAUGCCGUAUUUAUUCCCGCCGGAGCACCUCAUCAAGUACGAAAUUUGCACAAUUGUAUUAAGGUAGCGGAAGAUUUUGUAUCUCCGGAAAAUAUUGCUCACUGUUUCCACUUAACGCAAGAAUUUCGCGAUUUGUCGGAUACCCAUUCGAAUCAUGAGGACAAGUUGCAAAUAAAAAAUAUUAUAUAUCACGCCGUUAAGGACUCGUUGUCGUCGCUUACGGCAGUUCUCAACAAGCAUUUGGUGAAGGGGGAUAAAGACCUCAUAGAGCAUAACGGCACCACGACGGGUGAUGGCAACAAUUUAAACUCUAAUUUGGACUCUACCGAGCCUGCUUAAUCAUGUGAUAGUAGAUGCGCUUAUAAGCCAGCGAUCAAUUUUGUAAAAUAUAAAUAGUGUGAUAAGAGAAUGUGUAUUAUGUAAACACGUUACAUGUGUAUAAACGACGAUGCCCUAUGCACGUGAGAUGUUUUGUGUACAUAAAUGACAAUUAGUUGGAUGAAAUGCUGAAAUGCACGGUUUAUCUUCCUGUUAGUAGUGACUAGUGGCUUCCGAGUCACCAGUUGUAAUUAGCCUAUUCUACUCACUCGUUGACUACUUGGUGUCCGAGGUUUGCCUUGGACUUAUAUAUCAGUGUUGUAUCAAAGUACCAGUGGUUAUUUUCUCACUUGUAUACUGUGCCUGUAAAAUGGUAUUGUAAAGUACCAAUUCUUUGUGGGUUUCUAAAAAUCGAUUAGUUUCUGCUUACUUUCGGACGGUUAAUAUUUUCAGCAUUCUUUUUAAAAUAAAUUACUCAAGUGCUAUUUCAUUCAAAGUGCCAAUUAAGAUUGUUUUUAGGCAGUGACUGAUAAACAACUGCAAUUUGUACCUGUCUAUUGCAGUUGUUUCUUUAUAUUCUUAAACACGUUUUAUGAUCUCGACUUUUGUGUUACAACGAUUAUAAAAUAAAUUAGGUGUCUCACUUCACUUUGUUAUUAAAUCCAUUUGGGUUUUUUGUUGUAAAGUUUAAUUUUCGAAUAAUUAUUGUUUACUUCUGUCGUAUAUGUAUAAUACUUGUUUGAAUUCAUAUAAGAACGUAAUUUAUUUUACUUUAAAAAUUAUGUACAGUAGCAUCGAGUCUUUUUGUACAGAAACAAGUAAGUUUCCUUUUCCUCGUCAAGAGGUACGAUAUAAUUUUUUUGUACUGUGUAUAUUAUGUAAGUAUAAAUAGGUUUGAAUAAGAAAAUGUUUAUAUUACA